AGACUGAAAACAUGAAGGUGGUAAUCGCUCUUCUCCUUGCUGCUCUGUGCUUUGUGGGGCUGAAUGCACAGUGUCCCAACCCAAAAACACUGCAAGAUAGUGAGGGAAACAAGCUCUGCGCCCGCCUGUUUGAACACAGCAGCUACUACUAUGACCAGAGCUGCACUGGCAAGUUCUUGGAUGUUUCUCCUAAUGAAGAUACCCCCAUCAUCCCAUGGGUUUGGAAUAACCGUAUUUCCUCACUUGUGGUGGGCAGUUCCUGCAGCUUGACAGUGUGGUCUCAUUUCAAGAAGCAAGGAUCAAAGAAGAAAUUUUCCACUGGCAUUGUGUACCAGCUUAAAGAAGUGAAGAAAGGCCUGUUUGGAAACUGGAAUGAUUCAAUCUCAGGAUACUACUGCACAUGCUAGACAUGGAGUGAGGCCAAAGACAGACUCUAAAUACAUUAGCAUACAUAAUGUUAAUGAAACAAGAGAACAGCUGUAAAUGCUGGUAAAUGAAUGAUUUCAGAUUUUCAAUAAAAAAUUAAGCACAGUGUAA